AUGGAAGAUACCGCUGUAAACGCGUCCUCACGCGUCCCGCCCGAGCUCUGGCUCGUCAUCCUGCAACACGCGAUCUACAUCGACAGCGAGAUGCUACAUACAGGCACUUACGACCCUUUUGCAUCUCCUCCAUACACUCUCUCGCCACCGUUCACCUGGUCGGUCACCGACAUCGAUGACAUCCGGCGCAACAUCAGCCUGCGCCACAACCUCUCACUUGUUUGUCGGCAGUGGCAUGCUUUGAUGUCCCCUGCGCUAUACGAGACCGUGCUCGUACCAUCGAACUUAUCUAUGCGAUACCUACAUAGAACGCUGAUCAUGACUGCCGGAAGAGAACACCUCGCGCGCCAAACGCGGCAUCUCAUCCUCGCCGGCCAUACCUCUCACGAGUCCGCCGGACUCUUGACGGCCCUCUUCAGCCUCAUGCCUUCAAUUGAGACGCUCUCCCUCCUUCCCUUUGCGGCUACAGACAAGUCUGGCCACGAUAUUGUCUGGCCGGCAGACGUAUCGCGCGUGCUGGGCGCCACAUGUGGCGCAUCAUUGCUUAAGAUGAACUUGUUCGACGACGCGAGGGUCUUCUUCGCCGGGUCCAAGGACGUGCUGCAUGAGUUUUUGUCUCAUACACCGAACAUGCGCGCGUUGGGUAUACAGGAUAACUUCCUCGCGCACACGCUCAAGCUUCCGAGGCUGGACAAGCUCGAGUUGCUCAUGGCCCAACCGGGUCUAACUACCUCUUUCGAUCCCGCGCCCUCCGAGUCUACAGCCGGCGACAACGAACGCGACCCUGCACUGCCCCCCUUCCCAUCCCUCAACCACUUCUACCUCCAAGCCUCGCGCUGGCCCUCCGAUACCGGGUUCCUAUCCCUCCAAGGACCACACAUCACGACUCUAACACUCGACGUCGCCGACCUCUCAGAGUACUCCCGCCCGGACAUCAUCCUACGGCGUAUAGCCGCAUUAUGGACACUCCUACCGAGCGUAUCUCACGUCCAUCUCAUAUCACUCAGAGAGCAGAAACUCGGUCGCGUGUUCCUCGCUCUACCACCGUCCACCACACAUCUGGGCAUCUGGGUUCCCCCGCCAACAACGCUCACAAACCAUACCUCAGGCUUGACGCUCUUAGAAGAACAAGAGGUGUUUCUGAGAGGUGCGCCGGAGGUGCCGGCGCCGAGGGUUGUAAGGUUGACGAAUCCGGAGUAUGCGAGGUGGAUUCGGGAAGAGGUUUUGGAGGGGAGUGGGUUGGGGAAGAUGGGCCCUCUGAAGGGGAGGGGGGUGUUUAGGUUGGAGGAUCAUGAAGGGAAGGUUCUGGUGGAGGUUGAAGGGGAUGGGGAGGUGUAG